UAUGGUUCCUCGGCGAAGAGAGAGAGAGAAAAAAAGAAAAAAUAUCCAGAGAGUAACGGGAGCAGAACAGGCGUGGAAAUUAAAUUUAACAGGGAAUAGAACACGCGUGGACGCAUAAAAACACACUUUAAAGAGAUAAUCAAAGACGAAGCAAACCAGGAUGAAGAUCCCUGCUUAAAGCAUCCCUGCUGCUUUCUUGGGUCUGGACAGAAAGAACCAACAAAAAACACUUUUCUUUCCCUACAGAGCACAAAUAAUCCCUGCAGUCAUGGCGAACAUGUGCCCUUAUGGCCGUUUCACCCACGCUGUGGUCAGGGGCAUCCCAGAGACCUUUGGGAAAACAGCUGGAGACGGCCGUGAGAACGGGGAGGUCACGCUGGACCAGGCCAAAGCCCAGCGUCAGUUUGGCUGCCUGACUGGAGCGCUGAGGCAGAAGGUGGGCCUGCAGCUGAUCGAGAUCCCCCCUGACCCCGAGCUGCCGGAGAGCUGGAGGAUAGAGGAUGUGGCGGUGAUCCAGGGAGACACAGCGCUCAUCACCAGGCCGUUCAAACAACAGAGACGCAGCGAGGUGGAUGCAGUCAGGAGAGUGAUGUCAGAGCUCAACCUGACCAUAGUGGAGAUGGGGGAUGAACAAGGGGACUCUGGAGGGGCCACGCUGGAGGGCAGCGACGUCCUCUUCACGGGGAGAGAGUUCUUCGUUGGGAUUUCCUCCCACACUAACCGGAGAGGAGCUGAGGUGCUGGCAGACACGUUCAGGGACUUUGCUGUGUCCACUGUCCCUGUCUGUGGGGGAGCCCGACUGAAGGAUUUCUGCUCCAUGGGCGGGCCGGACACCAUCAUCAUCAGCAACAGUGACGGUGCCAAGAAGACCCUCAGGAUGAUGGAACAGCUGACUGAUCACCACUACGAAGUGCUCACCGUCCCAGAAGAAUCUGCUGCUAACUGCAUCUACAUUAAAGGCCCAUCUAAACGAGACUUCCUGCUGCACAGACCUGCAGAGGAAUGUCCCGACAGCGUCUCUGUGAGUACUUUUUUUUUCUACAAAGAGAGGGAAAAACAUUUGUUUUUUGUUUUCCAGUACAAACAAUAAAUAAAGGCUAAACAA